GUCUGUGCCACUUGCCAUGAACAUGCCACCUGCCAGCAAAGGGGAGGGAAGAACAUCUGUAUCUGCAACUACGGCUUUGUGGGCAACGGGAGGACCCAGUGUGCUGACAAAAAUGAGUGCCAGUUCGGAGCCACCGUGGUCUGUGGGAACCACACAUCUUGCCAUAACACACUUGGAGGCUUCUACUGCGUUUGCCUGGAAGGAUACCGAGCCACGAACAACAACAAGACAUUCAUUCCCAAUGAUGGCACCUUUUGUACAGAUGUAGAUGAGUGUGAGGUUUCCGGUCUGUGCAGGCCUGGAGGACGAUGUAUGAACACUCAUGGGAGUUUUGAAUGCUACUGUAUGGAUGGCUACUUGCCAAAGAAUGGGCCUGAGCCUUUCCAUCCAGUCAGAGAUGCGACGUUAUGCACAGAAAUAGACUGUGGCACCCCUCCUGAGGUCCCAAAUGGCUAUAUCGUUGGAAAUUAUACAUCUAGACUGGGCAGCCGGGCUCAUUAUGCUUGCAAAGAAGGAUUUUUCAGUGGCCCAGAAGAUACAGUUUCAAUCUGUACAGUUUUGGGCACAUGGGAGUCCCCCAAAUUAUACUGCCAAGAGAUCAGCUGUGGCAGCCCUCCGGAAGUGCGGCAUGCGGUCCUGGACAGGAAUCACAGCUCCAGCCCGGGCAGUGUGGCUCACUAUGCCUGUCAAGAGGGCUUUGAGAGCCCCGGAGGAAAGAUCACUUCCGUGUGCACAGAGAAAGGCAUCUGGAGAGAAAGUGAUUUGACAUGCACAGAAAUAAUGAUGGAAAUUAGUGAUGUAUUAGUGUUUAACAACACCUGCGUGAGGUGGAAAAUAAACCCAGGAGGGAUGAAUGCCAGGAUCAUAUAUGUGAUAUCCAUUAAAGGACAACGGUUGGACCCUACGAAACCCUUUCACAAGGAGACAGUCAACUUUACCACAGACAGCAGGACCCCAGGAGUGUGCCUAGACCUGUUCCAAGGCACCAACUAUACUGUGAGCAUUUCUGCAGCCUCUCCCAGACGCUCUGUGCCAGCCUUCAUUGGAUUCCAAACAGCUGAAGGUGAUAUCUUAGAAGAUGAUGGAAUUUUCAAUAUUUCGAUAUUGAACGAAACUUGUUUGAAAUUGAAGCGGUCUUCUAGGAAAGUUGGAUCAGAACAAAUGUACCAAUUUAAAGUUCUGGGUCAAAGGUGGUAUCUGAGUAGUUUUUAUCACGCAACAUCAUUUAACUUCACAACGAAGGAACAAGCUCCAGUCGUGUGUUUAGAUCUGUACCCAGCAACUGAUUAUACCAUGAAUAUUACCCUGCUGGCAUCUCGCAAGCAGCACUCAGUGAAAAUCACAACCACAACCUCACCAUCUGUGAAACAGACUAUCAUUAACAUUUCAAUAUUUAAUGAAACCUGCUUGAGAUGGAGACGUAUGAAGAGAGCUGAUGUAGAAGAGAUGUAUUCAUUCCACAUUUGGGGCCAGAGAUGGUAUCAGAAGGAAUUUGUCAAGGAAAUGGUCUUUAAUAUCACGACCAGAAGCCAGGCCCCAGAGGUGUGCUUGGAUUUGCAUCCUGGUACCAACUACAGUGUCACCCUCUUGGCUUUGUCUUCUGAACUUCCUGUGGUGAUCUCCUUGACAACCCAGAUAACAGAGCCUCCCCUUCCAGAAGUAGAAUUUUCCACGGUGUACGGAAGGCCUUUACCACGUCUGAAACUAAGGAAAGUGAAGGAGAAAAAUGGACCUAUCAGUUCAUAUCAGGUGCUGGUGCUUCCCCUGGCUCUCCAAAGCACAUUUUCCUGUGAUUCUGAAGGGGCUCCCUCAUUCUUUAGCAAUGCCACUGGUGCUGAUGGAUAUGUGACUGCAGAACUCUUGGCCAAAGAUGUUCCAGAUGAUGCUAUGGAGAUGUCUAUUGGAGACAGGCUAUACUAUGGAAAAUAUUAUAAUGCACCCUUGAAAACAGGGAAUGAUUACUGCAUUAUAUUACGAAUCACAAGUGAAUGGAAUAAGGUGAGAAGAUACUCCUGUGCAGUUUGGGCUGAGGUGAAAGGUAAAACCAUUUUCUAA